AUGAACGGGAAAAAGGUCUGUUCGCAAGGAUGGGAGUGUCUCGAUUGGUCGGAGCACUGUUGCAACGAGACGAUUUCGGAUUUCUUCCAGACGUAUCAGUUUGAGAAUCUCUUCUCCAAGAGGAAUUCGCCGGUGGCCAAGGCCGUCGGGUUUUGGGACUACAGAUCUUUCAUCACCGCCUCCGCCAUUUAUCAGCCGCUUGGGUUCGGGACCACCGGCGGCAAACUCAUGCAGAUGAAGGAAGUCGCCGCUUUCCUUGCCCAUGUCGGCAGUCAGACUUCUUGUGGUUAUGGGGUGGCCACAGGCGGGCCACUGGCAUGGGGUCUAUGUUACAACAAGGAAAUGAGUCCUAGCCAAAGCUACUGUGACGAUUUCUACAAAUUUGAUUAUCCGUGUGCUCCUGGAGUAGAUUAUUAUGGGCGUGGCGCAAUACCAAUCUACUGGAACUAUAACUACGGUAAAAUCGGCCAUGCCAUUAAGUCUGAUUUGCUGAACCAUCCUGAAUACAUCGAACAAAAUGCCACUCUCGCAUUCCAGGCUGCAAUUUGGUCUUGGAUGACAACUUCAGAUAAGAAGUAUCCUUCUGCCCACGAUGCCUUUGUCGGUAACUGGAAACCCACCAAAAACGACACAUUGGCCAAACGCGUGCCGGGAUUUGGAACCACUAUGAACGUCAUGUACGGUGAUAUUGUUUGUGGUCAGGGUGAUAUUGAUCCCAUGAACAAUAUCAUAUCACACUAUCUCUAUUAUUUGGACUUGAUGGGGGUCGGUCGAGAGUUGGCGGGACCUCAUGAAGAACUCUCAUGUGCCGAACAAAUUCCUUUUACCAAAUCACCUUCUCCCAAAUCAUCAUCUUGA